AUGAUCAUUAACGGUGCAUCAGAUACUGUCUCAUGCCGUUGUUUUCCGAAUUAUUUAGAUGGUCCUACACUUGAUUGGUUGUGUGCUUUGCCUGCAGGUUUUAUCUCACGAUUUCAGCAGCUGGCCAAGCUAUUUGAAGAACACUUUGCUAGGUCUGUAAUUUAUCUCCACGACUCCAAUUAUUUGAACACAAUCAAGCAGGGACCUAAUGAAAGCCUGAAGGAAUAUAUGACCCGCUUCACGAAAGUCGCUAUCAAUAUACCCGACCUCCACCCCGAGGUCCAUCUGCACGCAAUCAAAAGCAGACUCCGACCUGUGAAGUUCCAAGAAACCAUCGCAGUAGCCAAGCCGAAGACCCUUGCUAAGUUUCGCGAGAAAGCCAAAGGCCAAAUUGAUAUCGAGGAGCUCAGACAAGCUCGGAAGUCCGAAAAAAUAUUUUAUCGAGACGAGGAUAAAACUCCAAGCGCUAAGAAAAAUUUUAAACUAACCCCUCGAUUUGAUUCUUAUACACAGUUUAACACCAAGAGAGAGGAUAUCAUCAAAGAGAUCCUCAAUUCAAAGCUCAUCAAGCCACCAAGGAAGGCCGGAACCUACCAAGAUACCAAGAAUGUAGACAAGUCCAAAUAUUGUGCCUUCCACCAGAAGCACGGCCACACCACCGACGACUGCGAGGUCGCGAAGGACCUCUUGAAGCGGCUAGCUUGGAAAGGACACCUUGACAAGUAUAUUGGCGGGGGAUACGCCAGUGGAGGGCAAUCAAAUUCGGCCAGGAAAAGAUCAUUCCAAGCAAUUUGCUCGGUGGAUGGACCACAACGCGAUACCGAAGCCGUGAACCAACUUCCCCAAGUAACUUUUACACACACAGACUUCGAUUCCAGUAUUCAGAACUUAGAUGACCUUGUGGUCAUUACCCUUCAACUGGGAGAUCUGUUGGUAAGGAAAGUACUCCUAGAUCCCGGAAGCAGCGCCGACGUUCUGUUCUACUCAACAUUCCAAAAGAUGAAACUCAGCGACAACAUACUCCAGUCAACAGGGGGAGACCUAGUCGGUUUCUCGGGAGAAAGAGUUCCAAUCUUGGGUUCAGUGUGGUUGCAAACCACACUGGGUGAGCAUCCUCUUUCCAAAACAUAUGAUAUUCAAUAUUUAGUAGUAGAUUGCUUUAGCCCAUAUAAUCUUAUACUUGGCCGACCUUUUGUAAAUAAGUUCGGCGCAAUUGUAUCUACAGUUCACCUGUGUGUCAAGUUUCCUCUGCAGGAUGAUCAAGUUGUAACGAUUCAUGGAGACCAUAAAGAAGCCCGCCAAUGUUACAACAUCAGCAUGAAAUUCCCAAAUCAUUCAAAGCAACAAGUCAACAAUGUCGACCUCGGCACCAGCAGCUCGACACUAGCAGACUUAGAUCCAAGAGCCAACUUUCUUGAACGACCUACACCAUCAGAUGACUUACAGAAAGUUUAUUUCAACAAUGAUCCUAAUAAAUUCACUUAUGUAGGUACAUCAAUCAGUGCAGCGGAGCUAAGGGACAUCGCUGCCUUUCUACAAGAGCAAGCCGACCUAUUUGCAUGGACGCCUUCGGACAUGCCCGGCAUAGACCCACAAAUCAUCAGCCACAAACUAGCUAUAAAUCUGACCAUCCGACCAGUACAGCAGAAGAAAAGAAAACUCGGCGAUGAAAAGAAAAACGCAUCCUUAGAAGAAACUCAAAAGCUAAUCAACGCGGAAUUCAUCAAAGAAAUCUGA